AUGGCAAGAGAUCAGCUUCAGGUCCUCACCGCCCUAGAUGUCGCCAAGACGCAGUUGUAUCACUUCACGGCGAUCGUGAUCGCCGGCAUGGGGUUCUUUACCGACGCCUACGACCUCUUCUGCAUCUCCCUCGUCACGAAGCUCCUCGGCCGCAUAUACUACUUCAAAAACGACCCUGAGAGGCCAGGGUCACUCCCCCCUAACGUGGCCGCCGCCGUCAACGGCGUCGCCUUCUGCGGGACCCUCUCGGGCCAGCUCUUCUUCGGGUGGCUCGGAGACAAGAUGGGAAGGAAGAAGGUGUACGGGAUGACGCUAAUGUUGAUGGUGAUCUGUUCUAUCGCCUCCGGUCUCUCCUUUGGCCACAGCGCCACCGGCACCAUGGCUACCCUCUGCUUCUUCCGCUUCUGGCUCGGCUUCGGCAUAGGCGGGGACUACCCGCUCUCCGCCACCAUCAUGUCCGAGUACGCCAACAAGAAGACCCGAGGCGCCUUCAUCGCCGCUGUCUUUGCCAUGCAGGGAUUUGGGAUCCUCGCGGGUGGGAUGGUCGCCAUAAUUGUUUCCGUCGCCUUCAAGAACAAAUACGACGUGCCGGCUUACAAGGACGAUCCAUUGGGCUCCACCGUGCCGGAGGCGGACUACGUGUGGAGGAUCAUCCUCAUGUUUGGCGCCAUCCCGGCCGCUCUCACCUACUACUGGCGGAUGAAAAUGCCAGAGACCGCCCGCUACACGGCGUUGGUGGCCAAUAAUGCCAAGCAGGCCGCGGCUGACAUGUCCAAGGUUCUGCAAGUGGAGAUCGAAGAAGAGAAGGAAAAGGUGGAGGAGAUAGUCUCGGACCCGUCCAAUAAGUUUGGGUUAUUCACCAGGGAAUUCGCCCGCAGGCACGGGACCCACCUGCUUGGCACCACCACCACGUGGUUCCUCCUCGACAUCGCCUUCUACAGCCAGAACCUCUUCCAGAAGGACAUCUUCAGCGCCAUCGGCUGGAUCCCCAAGGCCAAAACCAUGAACGCCAUCGAGGAAGUUUUCAAGAUCGCGAGGGCGCAGACCCUGAUCGCCCUCUGUGGCACAGUGCCGGGCUAUUGGUUUACCGUUGGCCUCAUCGACGUCGUGGGCCGGUUCGCCAUCCAGCUCAUGGGGUUCUUCUUCAUGACGGUCUUCAUGCUGGCUCUGGCGAUCCCCUACAACCACUGGACCAGGCCCGACAACCGCAUCGGGUUCGUCGUGAUGUACGGGCUGACCUUCUUCUUCGCCAACUUCGGCCCUAACAGCACCACCUUCAUCGUGCCGGCAGAGAUCUUCCCCGCGCGGCUACGCUCCACCUGCCACGGCAUCUCCGCGGCCGCCGGCAAGGCGGGUGCCAUCAUCGGCUCCUUCGGGUUCCUCUACGCGGCGCAGAGCAAGGACAAGACGAAGACGGACCCGGGAUACCCUGCCGGCAUCGGAGUCAGGAACUCCCUCUUCGUGCUCGCGGUCUGCAACAUUCUCGGUUUCAUCUUCACCUUCCUGGUGCCGGAGUCAAACGGGAAAUCUCUCGAGGAGAUGUCCGGGGAGAACGAACAAGAGGAGUCGGAGGCGGCCAAUGCAGAGGCCGCCUAUACCAACAGAACCAUUCCAGUCUAG